GCACACGUGCGUAGAUGCGUCGAAUGAACUCUCUCCAAGGUGAAAAGCAAACUGCACAAUGAUACGAAUCAACGGGGGGAGAGAGCGAUACUAAUAUGAUGACAACAAACAACUUGAGAAGGGUGUUCGUCGCGGGCUAUGCCAGGACGCCCAUCGGUUCCCUGGGUGGGAGCCUGUCACAAAUACCUGUGCAUAAGUUAGCCGGCCCAACCAUCUUGAAGGCCCUGGAGCGAAGCCAAGUUGAAAAGGACGAAGUGGACUGCCUGAUCUUCGGGCAGUCCCUCCCCGCGGGGUGCGGCCCGCUGCCCCUCCAGCGGGUGGUGGUUGCGACGGGGAUAAACCUAAACGCGAAGACGCACCUGGUGAGCAACCUGUGCUGCGGGGGGCUGGACGCAGUCACCCUCGGGUACGAGCUAAUCAAGGGCGGAAAGGACGUCUGCGUAGUUGGCGCCAUGGAAUCCAUGUCCCAAAGCCCCUUCUACUUAAAAAGCAUAAGAACGGAGAAGCACCAUCUGGGGAACGGCCUCCUAAAUGACAGCAUCGUGAGUGAUGGGUACGACUACAUUGUUAGCAAUAAGGAAUUAAAAAGAAAUAAUCUCAUGGAACAAUUCUGCAAAAGGUUUAAAAUCCCCAGAGUAGACCUCGAUGCGUAUGUGGUCAAUUCGUUUAAAAGGACAGCCAAUGCGUAUAGUGACAACUUAAUUCAACAAGAAUUAUUCCCAUUAAUAAUUCAGAAGAAGAAAAACCCCAUCACGAAUGAAAAAACGAUCAUCGAAACGGACGAAAUGUAUAAAAAAUAUAACCUCGACGAUAUUUGUAACUUAAGCAUAGACUCUGUAGUAACCAACCGUAACAUUGCACCCUUUGCAGAUGGUGCUUGUGCGAUUGUUCUUAUGAGCGAACAAAAAAUUAACCAACUGGAAAUAAACCCCUUAGCGCAAAUUCUGACGUAUGAUAAUGCAUCAGUGUACCCUUCUGAUGCUCCUCUUAGCAUCUCUCACUCAAUAACCAAGUGUCUUAAAAGGGCAAAUAAAUCCUCCGUUGAUUAUCACGAAAUUAAUGAAUCCUCCGCUUUAGACGUAGUGUAUAACAUUCGCAACUUAGGCUUAGAUGAAUCCAAUGUGAAUAUAAAUGGAGGUGCUUUAUCCUUAGGGCAUCCGAGCUCUGUUUCCGGAUCGAGGAUCCUCAUUUCGCUCAUUACUGUUUUGAAAAACUUUGACAUGAAGUUGGGUUGCGCUUCUAUAAAUAACUACCUAGGCACGUCUACCUCCGUCAUCGUGGAGAACGUCUAGCCUUUUUUUUUUUUUUUUUUGCUCCCCACUAUAGCAGUGUAU